GAUAUAUUUUUGACGUUUCCGUCUCCGACAGACAUAUUGCUUACAGGAGCAAAUUCUGGAAAGCUAGAAGAGGGAAAGGAUUUAAAAUUGACUCAUAUCUUCACGACUUGAUAAACUCAAACUACGUAGGAUACGAUGGAGCCGUCAGCCAGUCCGGCCAAGGAUAACUACAGGAUGAACCGCUACAAGAACAAAGCACUGAACCCAGAGGAGAUGAGGCGCAGGAGAGAGGAGGAGGGCAUCCAACUCAGGAAACAGAAACGAGAACAACAGCUUUUCAAGAGGAGGAACGUGGACAUUCUCAAUGAAGAGGAAGCCAUGUUUGAGAGUCCACUGGUGGACUCCUACCUCAGCUCUCCAGUAACAGAAGGAGUCAUUACCAGAGACAUGGUUGAGAUGCUUUUCUCAGAGGACCCGGAGCUUCAGCUCGCCACAACACAAAAGUUCAGAAAACUACUUUCCAAAGAGCCCAACCCACCAAUUGAUGAAGUUAUAAACACACCUGGAGUAGUGGAGAGGUUUGUGGAAUUCCUGAAGAAGAGUGUCAACUGCACACUACAGUUUGAAGCUGCGUGGGCACUGACCAAUAUAGCAUCAGGCACAUCCAUACAGACAAAGACAGUGAUCGAGGCUGGAGCAGUGCCAAUCUUCAUAGAACUACUUAACUCAGACUUUGAGGACGUCCAAGAACAGGCUGUGUGGGCCUUAGGUAAUAUUGCAGGGGAUAGUGCAGUAUGCAGAGACUAUGUGCUAAACUGCAACAUCCUUCCACCACUAUUAAUGCUUCUGACCAAAUCCACUAGAUUGACCAUGACUAGGAAUGCAGUCUGGGCCCUGUCUAAUCUCUGCAGAGGAAAGAACCCUCCACCUGCUUUUGAGAAGGUGUCACCCUGUCUGCCAGUACUGUCCAGGCUUUUAUUUAGCAGUGACCCAGACUUGCUGGCAGACGCCUGCUGGGCCCUGUCCUACCUCUCUGAUGGCCCCAAUGACAAGAUCCAGGCUGUCAUUGACUCUGGUGUCUGCAGGCGCCUUGUAGAGCUACUCAUGCACACUGACUAUAAGGUGGCCUCCCCUGCUUUGAGAGCUGUAGGAAACAUUGUCACAGGAGAUGAUAUCCAAACACAGGUGGUGUUGAACUGCUCGGCCCUGCCCUGUCUGCUGCACCUUCUCAGCAGUGCUAAAGAGUCGAUUCGCAAAGAGGCAUGCUGGACCAUCUCAAACAUCACAGCAGGAAACCGAGCACAGAUACAGACCGUAAUCGAUGCAAACAUCUUCCCAGUGCUGAUCGACAUUCUACAGAAAGCCGAGUUUAGGACCAGGAAAGAGGCAGCCUGGGCCAUCACUAACGCCACCUCUGGAGGAACACCAGAACAGAUCAGGUAUCUGGUGAACCUGGGCUGCAUUAAGCCAUUGUGUGAUCUGCUGACAGUGAUGGACUCUAAGAUCGUUCAGGUAGCUCUCAACGGGCUGGAGAACAUCCUGAGACUGGGGGAGCAGGAGGCCAAGCAGGAGAACAACGGCACCGGGGUCAACCCUUACUGCAGCCUCAUCGAAGAAGCCUAUGGUUUGGACAAGAUUGAGUUCCUUCAGAGCCACGACAACCAGGAGAUCUACCAGAAGGCCUUUGACCUCAUUGAGCACUACUUCGGGGUGGAGGACGAGGACAACAGUCUAGCCCCCCAGGUGGACCAGGCCAACCAGCAGUUUCUUUUCCCCCAGCAAGAGGCCCCCAUGGAGGGCUUCCAGCUAUAAAUCAUCACCCCCUCUCCUCUGAAACACACCAUUUACCCCCUCAUACCUCUCUAUCUCAUGGAGGGCCCAUAGAUACCUGAGUCAUACCUCCAAGCCCUCUUCCCUUAUCUGCCACUAUCCCCCCACCCCCACCCACCUCUGCUAUCACCACUCACACACACACACACACACACACACCACCCCGUCCCUUCAAGGAAAACUAAAACUGUCCCGCUCGCCAGCCUAACCCCCCCCCCCCUUCUCUUCAUACUCCUCAAGCCGUGGACUGACUUCUUGCAGGGUAGACUCAUGUUUCCUGACCGAUAAGGAAGCGCACCACACAUACUCCACACUUAGAAGAGGAAGUGAUCGCCUCAUAGCCCAAAGUGUGAGUCUGCCCUGGCUUAAAACGCACACACAGACAUCCUCCUGCCAUUUGAUAGCUCAUAGAUUCUCUCAUUGGCAGUAACGGUGGCUUGUUGGUUAAUAUCUUUAUAUACACUUUCUUUUUUUUUUUUUUUCCAAUGGGACAUUCCUAUUUUCAGGACUACCCGUGCAUCCUCAAGUCUACAGACUGGGGUGCAUGAGGUGAAACAUGCCCAGCUAUUGAUGUCAGUUUGACUUAGUGCAAUUCAAAAAGUCCUUGUAACAUUAUCCCUUUUUAGUUUUAUGAUUAGUUAUUUUUCUCUAACCUUUAUUUAUCUGCUCCUUUUUAGUGCUUGUGAUUUUUUUUCCCCUUUUCUUUAAUAGAAAGCACACGGUUUGCUACCAAGAGACUGUCUCAUGAUUAGGCUUAGGGCUCUCUGCAUAUCUGCUGAUGGGUAUGGGGGUUCAGAGACACAAAUGUCCACCCAAAAUCAAGGGCUCUCUACUGCCCUGAGUCUGAUGCCCAAGCUAAGAAGUGUGGGGUUUUUUGUUUUGUUUUGUUUUGUUUUUUGCCCCCAUUUAUCAACAUUUUGGUGUGGGAUACAUUUUGGGGGGAGGGUUGAGGUGCGAAGAAGUGUAAAGAUAUAGAAAGUAAAUGAUCUAACCUUAGGAAGGGCUCUGAAUGGGAUAUUGGAAAUGGGAUUGUUUUUUUUUUUUUUUUUUUUUUUUUUAGAUGAUAUGUUCAAAAGAUCUAAAAAAAAAAAUUCAAAGUUUCGAGGGUGGUAUAGUUAGAGAUCCAAUGUUCGUUGUGUGCUGUGUUAUUAAUAACAAUACAUUUGAAUUAUGAAGUGAUCUAACUAUUAAAUAAACAAGGCGUAGCUGGGGAUGUUAGGGGGAAGAGCCAGCAGCAACAGCAGCAAACCAAACUUAUUUUUAUAUUUAAAUCAAUUCAUGGGAUCGUAGUGUGUUUAAAGUGAGUGACAGACACGUCAUGGAAAUUUCAUGUGUUGACGUGUUUUUAGUUUAGAUUUUCUGACUCCAUUGAAGCCCAGUGUAAACGGGUUGCUGCUCGUUUGCUUGGCCCUGUGCCCCCCCCCCUCCUCCCCAGUUGUAUGUGGUAGGGUUUUUGCAUGGUGUUAUAUUACCCUGCCUACAGUUACUGAGUAUCCCUGGCCAAACACAGACAGUUGGCACAGAGAGCUAGAGAACAGUGUGAACAAACACUGUGAGACAUUGCUGUACACUGCUCAGCGUUCCUUGUUAACAGCACUUGCAGUUAAAAAGCAGGAACUGGGCCAAAACUAAUUGGUUUGGUGGUGUUAACAGUGAUAGUGUAGUGACGGUGGUGGUGUUGUGUAUAGCGGUAGAGUUGAUAUAUAACCUAAGGCAUUCUAUAUCACUAUAUUUUUGAGGAAUAGGAAUGACAGCUGAUAAUGAUUUUGCAUGGGUCCAUUGUGAUAUGUAUAAGUAUUGAUGUAAAUAGCCUAUCCUCUGCCUGGCUAGGACAGUCUACGCUGCUUCUUUGUCCCCUAAUGGGUGUAAUAACAACAACAACAACAACAACUAGAGUUUGGCUGGGGAUAUAUCUCAGAUAAGUGACAAGCCUAACUGCAACAAAAAUUCAAGUAUAAGUAUAUAUUUGAAUUUUGAUGUAUUUGCAUUAUAAAUAUAUAUAUAUAUAUAUUUGCGCACACUUCAUGUACACUUGCAUACAACACCAGCAGACACUGUACACACACCUCACACAGAUGAGUGGCUAGUAGCAAGUAAAACAGUUUCCAUAGUCUUUGGAGUGAAGAAAGUAGUUAUUCUUUUAUUUUAUUUUGAAGUUAAGCUUUUCUCCAAAGUGUGAAAAAUGGCAUUUUGGCUGUUUUUUGUUUCAUAGCACUUAGUAUAUUUUCUUUAUUUAUAAUUUUUUUUCCCUUGGUUCUAUUUUAAUUUAGUUUUUGGUUUUAAUUGAGACAAUGAAAAGAAGUCUCUUGAAUUCAGAAGGGAUUUGGUGCACACACAGGCCUUAUGGAAACUUUUUUUAUUGUUUCUAGCCACAUGACUCAUGAUGGUUUAAAUUAGUCCUGUAAACCCUGACCUCAGAUCAGUGCUGCUUUUGACAGACACUGAUCUCAGAUCAGCGUUCAGGCUUUGUGGAUGGAGCAGAACUGUGGUCGUGUGAUGUUUGACUGACAGGCACUGUGUGAGGAAGAGGUUGAUUGACUCUAUGACUAUGUCCCCAUCAGAGUCUGGGAGCCCCUGUUCUGUGGAUGACAGAAGCAAACUUAACAAUUAAUCAUGGAGCUGUGUACGGAAACAUGGUUCUCUCAACCAAAAUAUGAACAUGUCAGACUGUUGAAUAUAGUGUACAAUCAAGAACAAACCUUUUUGACCAGAACUUGCUCCUUUUAUUUGGUAGAGAAUCUUUUUGGAUGCACAGACUGAUCUUUUCCAUUUGGUUUCAGUUUUGCAUUUUUACAUUAGGCUUCAAAUUUCUGUGCUAUUGCUGAAUAUCAUGGUGUAAGAUGCUGCUAUUACCACAAUAUUUAAGCAUUUGUUGACAGAGGAACACAUAAAAGAGGCUAUAUGUUCUUGCUUCAUGAGUUAAAAUGUUCUCCACAGAACAUUGUGUGCUCCCAGUAGACAUAAGAGGUCAAAUCAUGUAUAAUUGAGCAUCAAGAACUUACCUCUACAUGACAGUUGUGUAGAGCAGCAUUUAUAACUGAAGUCUUCGAUUUCAUGGCCAAUUCUGUGCUUGGCCUUCAAAUAAUGCCAGAAUUGCAAUGUUUAAAAAAAACAGUGCAUCAACCAGGAAAAAUAUUAUAUAUUAUAUUUCUGACAAAUGAAAAUGCACUCCUAUUCACAAAAGUGCCAACCCGACCAACAAAGACUGGAGGUUCUUAUGUAUCUGUCUUUGACUUAUAGAUUUUUUUUCCUUUAUAUCUUUUAUUUACUUGAAUGUGCACACAUUUUGUGCAAAACAUUGCUGCUCUAUUUUCCUUAUCUUUAAAGUUACAUUAUUAGCCAUUGUUUCUUUGGAAAAGUGGCAUUCUUUACUGUGGGCACCUAAAUAAGGAAUUAAGAAAGUGUAAUAGUCUGAGGGGGAAGGACUUGAUUAACUGCAUAAAAACUGGUCUUUCCAGCGACUUGUUGUCCGUUGGUGUGAUGGUCCCCACUCUUACAGUCUUCUAAUGGUUUUCACUGUGCAUAGCUAAGCUGCAAACAUUUGUGAAAUCAAUGAAUUGAUUUCAUGUGGUGGAUACAGUAGUAUCAGAGUAUAAUAUUAAGCAUUUUCUUGAGGUCGCAGCAUGCAGCCAGUCCCUCUUUGUGCAAAAAGAAACUCUGCGCUGACAGAAAUAUUUAAGACUUAAAUGUGGCACAUGAUGCAAAUUGUGGAAACGGAAGCGACUAUCACAGCAGACAAUUGCAGGUACUAACCUUGUUGUCAAACUUAGUUUACCAAAGCUUUGUCAUCCUGAAAGCUGGUUUGAAUUAUUUGUUUUGUUUUCAGUAGUUUAUGUAAUUGGCUUGUAUUGACCCAGUCACUAUGACUGAGAGAUUGCUUCAGGCCAUUUAAAACUUGCUUCUUUUCAUUAGAAGCUGCAUGAACUCAGUCCCUCUUUUAUCGGUUUUCUUUUCUCUCAAGUUCAAGUACUGUUUAGGGAGGUAGAAAAUCUGCAAAAAUAAUCCAGAGGACUGCAAUAAAUAUUGUCCAAAAACAAUCAGGCACCCCGGAGGCAUAGAUCCACCUACAAACUGCUCUCACAGGUGACACUCCUUCCACUGGGAGCUAAAAGAGGCAACUACUUGACAUUUUUUUCUAAGAUAAAAUCUGGGAUUCAGAAAUUGUGCAGUGAUUUACAUUAAAAAGUAUUAUAAGUUAAACUAUAUGUAUGUUCUGAUACAUUGACAGGGAUUCAGAUGCAAUUCUAAUCACUUCUGAGAAGUGGAGAAAAACUCUCAAUAGAAUAUGUCACAGGAAAAAAAAUAAAAUAGGAGGUGAGGUUACAUGCCUUUUCUGCUUUUCUUGAUCUUUUUCUUGAUCAGGAUUUUCUGGGCUAUAUUUUUGGAUAAUUGUGUUUAGAGUAAAAGUUUGUCCUAGUCAGGCUGCAUGAUCAGGAACCUUGUUAUCUAUAGGGGAUUGAACAGACAUCACUAAAUAUCUCAAAUCUGACUUGUCUUCCGUCCUAGAAGCUGUUCAUGUCUAUAUCAAAAUCUAAAGCCAUGCUUGGCUUGGUCAAGUAAUGUUGUCUACGCUACAAAUGUUUACAAUGCUACAUGUUUGUAAAAUACUUUUCAUAUGCCAUCACUGACCAGUCCUGAUGUAUCCUCUGCUCUGGUCCUCUCAUUUCUUUUACAUGUAUUUAUUUUCUCUUUUCUUGUUUAUGAUUUUUUCAUUUGCUCAAAAUUACCCAUCUUAAACUGUGACUUGACUUGACUUUACCGACGGUAUGAAUGAGUGACGAGAAACUUAUACACUUCAGCUGAACAUGACACACAAACAUGAACAUGAAAAAAAUACAUACAGGAAACAGCAACAAUAUUAAAAAAUGUAAAGAAAAUAUAUUGAAUUUAAAAUUGUUCAGUGGAAAUACUGUACAAAACAAAUAAAGUUAUGUUGCAACCCUUUAA